UCCUGGUUUAAUUUGACUUUAAAGGGGAAAAGGCUUUUCAGCAUAUGUAGCCAACUACAAGCAAGUCAUACAUAUGCCUACAGAUUCCACGUUUCCUUAAUACCCUACAUUUCUGCACUUUUAUUUUCUACAUAGUAACAGGAUUUGGAAACUAAUGCUGCAGCCUGAUACUAACUUAAUUUAUUUGGACUUCCUUAGAUUUGGGUGGGACUCAUGUCCAAGUUUACAGGCUAUGGGCUAAAUAUUUAGUUUUCUUCUUCACACUUUAUUUUUAAGGCUUUCUCCCUUCUGCCAUAAUGAGAAGGGGAACAUUAGCACUUGUAAGAAAGAAGGAACUACAGUGUUUUAAGGAAGUGUGCAUUUUGAAAAAGAGAACAAAUUAUGUUUAGCCAGAAAGAUGAAAGUACUGAAUGAAAGAGAUACUUUAUAAAGAAAUUGCAUGCAAUGUUUUGCUUUCAGGUUUUUAUUUUAUUAUGGCCUGGAAGUUAAUCAGAUUUGCACAAAACUAUCUCCCAGGCUUCAGACUCGUCCCAUUCUCCUAUCUUAUUUCAUCGUCAUGAACAUAUAUGAUUCAUUACCGUCCAAACUGAGGAAUAGCAGUGAUGUAAGUGAACUGACGUACGAUCUGUCAUGUGAACUCUACAGGAUGUCCACCUUUUCAACUUUCCCUCAGAAUGUACCUGUAUCUGAAAGGAGUCUCGCCCGUGCUGGUUUCUAUUACACUGGUGUGAAAGACAAAGUAAAAUGUUUUAGUUGUGGCUUGAUGUUGGAUAACUGGAAAAAAGGUGACAAGGCUCUGGACAAGCAUAAGCAACUCUACCCUAGCUGCAACUUUGUGAAGAGUUUGACUCCAUUGAACAUUCUCGGUUCAUCAUUUAAUUCUGCCUUUUCACCUCCAACUGCCUUUGGCCUUUCUUCUUCACAUUCCCCGACACCAGCAGCAAAUAUGGAUCAAGUUGGCUAUUUCAGUGGAAGCUUUUCAAGCUUUCCUCAUGAUCCAGUCACAUCCAGGGCAGUUGAAGACUUGUCCCAUUUGAGACCUAAAACAGUCAAUUAUGCAAUGAGUGCAGAGGAAGACAGACUGCACACUUUUGAGUCAUGGCCACUGACAUUUCUGUCACCAUCUUCUUUGGCAAAAGCUGGAUUUUAUUACAUUGGGCCUGCGGACAAGGUGGCUUGUUUUGCCUGUGGUGGUCAACUGAGUAACUGGGAGCCUAAGGAUAAUGCCAUGUCGGAACAUCGGAGGCACUUUCCAAACUGCCCUUUUGUGGAACAAAUGUGUGACCAGACCAGUUUCACAGUCUCCAAUAUGAGCAUGCAGACCUACGUAAUGCGCCUCAACACUUUCAAAAGCUGGCCAGCUGCAGUUCCAGUUCAGCCACCGCGGCUUGCAGAUGCUGGCUUCUAUUAUGUGGGUCGCAAUGAUGAUGUUAAAUGUUUCUGCUGUGAUGGUGGACUCAGGUGUUGGGAGUCUGGGGAUGAUCCAUGGGUAGAACAUGCUAAAUGGUUUCCAAGAUGUGAGUACCUGCAGCAUAUGAAAGGACAGGAGUUUGUCCAACAGAUUCAAGUAAGAUUCCCCCAUCUUCUUGAACAGCUGUUAUCCACCUCAGAUACACCUGUGGAUGAAAAUGUUGAGCCAAUUAUUCAUUUUGGACCUGGUGAGAAUGCUUCAGAAGAUGCAAUCAUGAUGAAAACCCCAGUGGUUGAAGCUGCCUUGGAGAUGGGAUUCAGCAAAAGACUAGUCAAGCAGACUGUUCAGAGUAAAAUCUUAACAACCGGAGAGAAUUAUAAAUCUGUAAAUGAUCUUGUGUCCGACCUCAUUGCUGCAGGAGAUGAGAAGAAUGAAGAAGAGAAGGUGGUGCAAGCAGAGGAAGUGACAUCAGAUCUGUCCUUAAUCAGGAAGAACCGAAAUGCAUUGUUUCAGCGCUUGACAUGUGUGCUUCCUAUCCUUGAAAGUUUAUUAACAUCCAAAGUAAUAACUGACAUUGAAUACCAUGUUAUUAAACAAAAAACCCAGACACCACUGCAAGCGAGAGAACUGAUUGAUACCAUCUUGGUGAAAGGAAACACAGCUGCAAACAUAUUCAGAAACUGUUUACAAGAGUGCGAUUUUGUAUUAUACAAAGACUUGUUCGAGGAGAAGAAAAUGCCUUAUAUUCCGACAGAAGAUGUUUCAGGCCUGCCCAUGGAAGAACAGCUGAGACGAUUGCAAGAAGAGAGAACAUGCAAAGUUUGCAUGGACAAGGAAGUGUCCAUUGUCUUCAUCCCAUGUGGCCACUUAGUUGUGUGUAAAGAAUGUGCCCCUUCCCUUAGAAAAUGCCCUAUAUGCAGAGGGACAAUCAAGGGCACAGUGCGGACAUUUCUUUCAUGAAGGGCAUAAAAUGAGUUUGAUCAGGAAGAUCCUCACACUGCAGCCCAGUGGGCACUUUUUUGGGUCAGUUAUUGUUUCUCAAAUGACUGGAUUGCUAAUCCAGUCUAGCUUUCUAGUGCCUUGGAGCCAAAUGUUACUAAAGAUGGGGGUGAGCAACCUUGCAGGGUGUGUUACAGUUUGUGGUUCACAAAAGUAGUUGUUGAUUAUUUGUUAACCUAUUGGGAAGCUUGCUGACAUGUAUAACUGGUUAGUCUAAAAUAUAUUUUAUAUAGGCCACAUUUGAGGAACCUGUAGCUUUACCAUAUGUUGUUUUAGUGCAGCUCCCAUUAACCUUAGCCGUAGGCCCUGCUAACUGUGAGUGACGCGGGAGCUGGAGUCUAAUGGCUCCCAGGAAUUUGCAGGUUCCCCAUCCCUGAUAACUGACUGAAUUAUGAGCAGAAGUUUGAUAAUUGAAGCAUCUAUGCAGGAUUGCUUGAGUUGGUCAUAGGACAAGCUAUAUACCACCAAGAUGCAAUGCAAAAGACUUGUGCUACGUUGCUUUAUACAUGAUCUGAUAAUGUUAAAAAAUUAUUUGUGAAAUAAACUUAAUAUUAAAAGUUGUUCAAGGAA